AUGGCGUGUGAAAUAUGUUGCCAUGUGUACUGCCUUGUGGAACUGGAAUCUGUAACCGAGUUACGUUGGAAGGAGGGCUCUCCUGAGAGUGGUCGACAUCAUCUCUUAAAGAUUAUUGACUCGUAUGUCGCCGAUGAGACAGUAGGGCUAGUGAAGCCAGCUCAAGGGAUCACAUUGUACCUAUGUCCUUCUCAAGGGAAGGCAGCUCAGAUACUUGCUGACCACCUGCCAAAGGAACACUUGGGUAGUUUAACCGUGCUUGGAACAUCUAUCAUUGGAGUCGUCGUGUGGCGAACGUCCCAUGCCUCAUCUAUGGCGCAGAAUAUUAAUCCAGAACCACAUUCUACAGGUCAGCCCAUUGGUGCCCUUCUGCAAGAUGAUCGUAAUAGUAACAAAGUAGACAAAGUGAACUCAGCAAAUUUCCCCAAAACUAUGAACAUGGCUGCUGUAUCAGAACUCCAAAUUCAUUCUGAGGAUGUGCCAUCUCCACGAGGUUAUUGUGAAUCCAAGUUAGAAUCACCCAUAAACAAAUCAGCUUCAGUUCUGGAUCCAGUUGAAGAACCAAAGGGAGAUGUGUUAGCCAAAUCCUCCCCUCAAAUGGUGGAUGCUGAAGAAUCACGUACUGUUAAUGGCUUGACUCCUGAAUCUGCUAUGCAGUGUAGUAUAACUCCUGAUGCUGCAUUGACGCAUUACAGUAUAUGGGAGGCAACGAUUCAGCAUGAGUCUUCGCGCACAAAUAUUGUUCUUAUCUUUAAAAGCGGUGAAAAACCAUCUACACGUCAGUGGCACCGCUUUCUUAGGAUCGAGGGACGAGUGAGGCUUAGUGCUCUUAAAGAAUUUAUUAUAGAGCUUCCCAAAUCCAGGAGCCGUACUAUAAUGGUAACUGAGUUACGUUGGAAGGAGGGCUCUCUUGAGAGUGGUCGACAUCAUCUCUUAAAGACUAUUGACUCGUAUACCGCCAAUGAGACAGUAGGCCUAGUGAAGCCAGCUCAAGGGAUCACGUUGUACCUAUGUCCUCCUCAAGGGAAGGCAGGUCAGAUACUUGCUGAUCACCUGCCAAAGGAGCACUUGCAUAGUUUAACCAUGUCUAGAACAUCUAUCAUCGGAGUCGUCGUGUGGCAAAGGCCCCAUGUCUCAUCUAGGGUACCCAGCAGGCAAGAUUGCUCCAAGAGGCAGGCUACGAUUUCCAGCAGUUCACCCAUGAUUUCCAAGCCAUCAUCUCGCUCUUCCAAUGCUUCUCAUCACGAAGUUCUAGCCGCUGACAUUCCUCCGGGCGUUGGUUCUGGUGUUGUUAGGCACCAGGAUGGUCUAUCUGCUGAAUACAAUUUGGUUAGCGUCUCAAACUCAGCUGCCGAUGUGACAAGGACACAGUCCUACAGGAGCCAUCAGCAUCCAGUGCACACUUCUGACCCGAUAGAAGAAAUUAUUCGCAAGUAUGACAAGCCAUAUUCUGAAGGUAAUCUCCAGCAGGAGCGGAUUGUUCAACAACCACACCACCCUUAUCAACAGUAUCAUCAGCAGCUGCAGCACCAUUCCAUGCGUCAGUAUCACAUGGCACGGAAUUCACAAAGCCCACUGGCAUACACUCAGCACCAGCAUACUGCCAUGCCUGUGCGUGCACGACCCCUGAUUUACGGGCACCCCAUGCAGCCUGCUCAGCAAUCCAACUCUGGUGUGCCCGACGAUGGCAGUCAAACCCAUGUCACCCGGCCAUGGUAUCUACGGUAG